AUGGCCACAGGCGUAUUGGGCUGCUUCAGGCCGGCAUCGUUUGACCUCUGCAUUUUUUCAUGUCUCCUGCUGGCCGGCGUGCCCUGGCUUGUGGUUGGUGGGCCUUACUGGGAUGUCCCUGUAGGAAGAUUGGACUCCAAGAAGGCGAGCCUGGACCUGGCAAACAACGACAUCCCCACUGCUCAGCAAGGCCUCCUCACGCUCAUUGCCAAGUUCUGGGAGAAGGGCCUUGAUGCCACUGACAUGGUGGCCCUCGUCGGUAUGCUGCUCCCUCCAAUUCCUCUGCUAAAACCACCAGUCUUCAGGAUUCCAACUCCUGCCUGA